ACCGGGGGAGCUUCGUUUCUUUUUCAGCGACCCCACGUCAUUCUACUUCCAACCUUCUUUCACCUCGGAAGCGUUAUCAACGAGCUGUCCUAUAUAGAUCGCACCUCACCUGCAUCCUCGUUGCCUCUCACCCCUCCCACCAUCCUCUUACUUUUACUCCCCUCCCUUACACCGAGUUUCGGCCCGCCCCAUUUCCGCCGGAGCUGCGCAUCGGAGCUCUCAUCAUUCUUCGAGUAGCCUCAUUAACGGUUUAACUCUUUUCAACCCAUCCUCAGCUCCUGAAUCCAACAGGAGACACCCACGCCACCAAUCACCCCACCGAACCCGCCGCCCCGACCACACAAUAUGGCACCCAACGAGACCCCGGCGGCUCUUCCGGGCAAGAAGCGCCGAAUUGGCGUCAUGACUAGCGGCGGCGAUGCCCCCGGAAUGAACGGCUCUGUGCGAGCGGUUGUCCGGAUGGCCCUACAUUACGGCUGCGAGGCCUAUGCCAUAUACGAGGGCUACGAUGGCCUCGUCAAGGGCGGCAGCCUCAUCAAGCAAGUCGGAUGGGAAGACGUCCGUGGCUUUCUGUCCGAGGGCGGCACAUUGAUUGGCACGGCAAGAUGUAUGGAGUUCAUGGAGCGAGCUGGACGGCUACUGGCCGCAAAGCACAUGAUCGAGACGGGAAUGGAUGCCUUGGUCAUCUGUGGUGGUGAUGGCAGUCUGACUGGAGCAGACAAGUUCCGAGCCGAAUGGCCCGGCCUGCUGAAAGAGCUUGUGGAAAAGAGCGAGUUGACCCAAGAGCAGGUGGCGCCCUUCACCCACCUCAACAUCGUGGGCCUUGUCGGCUCUAUUGACAACGAUCUCUCCAUGACCGAUGCUACCAUUGGAUGCUACUCCUCUCUUGCCCGAAUCUGUGAGGCCGUGGACUCGGUAGACACCACAGCAACCUCGCAUCAGCGUGCGUUCGUCAUCGAAGUCAUGGGCAGGCACUGUGGCUGGCUUGCUCUCAUGGCUGGAGUGAGCACAGGAGCUGAUUUUGUUUUCAUCCCCGAAAUACCCCCUCCUGAGAACUGGGAAGAUCAAAUGUGCAAGAUCAUCAAGAAACACCGCGAUAUGGGGAAGCGGAAGACAAUCGUAAUUGUUGCUGAGGGCGCCCACGACAGGAAUCUCCACAAAAUCACACCCCAACAUGUCAAGGACCUCCUGUCGAACAAGGCCAAACUAGAUACCAGGAUCACAACCUUGGGGCAUGUACAGCGAGGUGGGACACCAUGUGCCUACGAUCGCAUGCUCGCGACCCUCCAAGGGGUCGAAGCCGUGAAGGCUGUCCUUGAGGCAACCCCAGAGACGCCCAGCCCGGUUAUUUGUAUGAUUGAGAACAAAAUUGUCCGGCGACCGCUUCUCGAAGCAGUUGCACAGACUAAGGAGGUCGCGACCGCCAUCCACGCCAAAGACUUCGACCGCGCAAUGGCCCUCCGCGAUGCUGAGUUCGCCGAGUACUGGCAGGCCUACCAAAUCACUACGGCCGCUGACCAGCCUAAUCUCAUGCUGCCCCAAGAGAAGCGUAUGCGCAUUGGUAUCAUCCAUGUAGGUGCACCGGCCGGAGGUAUGAACGCAGCAACACGUGCUGCCGUGGCAUACUGCUUAGCCCGAGGUCACACUCCCAUCGCUCUGCACAACGGGUUCCCGGGCCUGAUUCGGCAUCACAGCGACGAGCCCACGGGAGCUGUUCGGGAGAUAUCGUGGCUUGAUGCUGAGGGUUGGGCUAGCAAAGGUGGCUCUGAGAUUGGAACGAAUCGCGGACUUCCCUCCGAGGAUCUUGAAACAGUGUCCAUGGUCUUUACCAAGUAUAACAUCCAAGCACUAUUCGUUGUGGGUGGCUUCGAAGCCUUCACUGCCGUCAGCGAACUCAGAAAAGGACGCGAGCAUUACAAGUCUUUCAAAAUUCCCAUGGUUAUUCUGCCAGCCACCAUCAGCAACAACGUUCCUGGUACGGAAUACUCAAUUGGCAGCGACACGUGCUUGAAUGCCCUAAUCCAGUACUGUGAUGCCUGCCGACAGUCGGCGUCGGCGUCUCGAAGACGAGUCUUCGUCAUCGAAACUCAAGGAGGAGAAUCUGGCUAUAUUGCUACUGUCGCUGGUCUUUCGAUCGGUGCUCUCGCAGUCUACACUCCGGAGGAUGGUAUCUCGCUUAAGAUGCUUGACCGCGACAUCGACCAUCUCCGAGAUGUGUUCCUGAAAGACAAGGGCCAAAAUCGCGCUGGCAAGAUUAUCCUGGUCAAUGAAAAGGCUUCAAAGACGUAUUCUGUCCAGAUCAUUGCAGACAUGAUUGCAGAGGCCGGGAAGGGUAAAUUCGAGUCCCGGCAUGGUGUCCCAGGUCACUUCCAACAAGGCACUACACCAUCUCCAAUGGACCGCGUCCGAGCUGUUCGUUUCGGCGUCAAGAGUCUACAACACCUCGAAUCGUACGCAGGCAAGAGCAGAGACGAGAUUGAUGAUGACGCAAUGAGCGCCGUCGUCAUUGGCAUCAAGGGCGCCAAGGUCCUCUUCUCCCCAAUGGAAACAGUGGAGAAGAAGGAAACGGAUUGGAAGCUUCGAAGGCCUAAGAACGAGUUCUGGAUGGGUUUGAAGGACAUUGUGGAUACACUUUCUGGUCGCCCGAAGAGGCCCCUGAAAGAGUGAGCUAUCCGGUGGUUUGAUGGAUUGGUACUGCUCUGCUUGUUUGUGAUACCUGCUUGUAGAUAUUGAGUUGCCCCUACUCUCUUGAGUAUUAGUUUAUGAGGAAAUGAGGCGCACGUUUGGUAGUCGGUUUGCAUAGCUAGAAAAAUACCGGGUUUUAUU